AUGAUCUUAUUCGCUACAACAGUAUCUCAAGGACUAUCUCAUGUGGAUAAGGAAACCCUCUGCGGUUUCAGAAGUGUUCCACCUAGUAUUGUAUUAAGUUGGCCAAAAAUCAGAGCCGUUAUGCUUAUGAGCGAGCCGACAAGCGAAGGUAUGAUCGAACGAUGUGUGGUCGUACAACGUCAGAGUGAUGGUUACGGUUUCACGGUAACCGGUGAUCACCCGGUUUUCGUGCACACAGUAAAGCCCGAUGGAGCCGCGUUCUGUGCCGGCGUCCGAGAAGGAGACCGAAUCCUAAAAGUAAGAAUUUGA